AUGGCGGGACGGCGAGCCUGGCCCGGGACCGGGACCGGGGCCGGGGCGCUGCUGGCGCUGCUGGCUGUGCGGGCGCUCGGGGCGGCGGCGCACCCGCAGUGCCUGGACUUCAGGCCGCCCUUCCGGCCGCCGCAGCCGCUGAGCUUCUGCGCGCAGUACUCGGCCUUCGGCUGCUGCGCGCCCGGGCGGGACGCCGCGCUGGCCCGCCGCUUCUGGGCCCUGGCGGCGCGCGUGGACGCCGGCGUGUGGGCCGCCUGCGCCGGCUACGCGCUCGACCUGCUGUGCCAGGAAUGCUCGCCCUACGCAGCCCACCUCUAUGACGCCGAGGACCCGGCCACGCCCCUGCGGACCGUGCCGGGGCUCUGCGAGGACUACUGCCUGGACCUGUGGCAGACCUGCCGGGGCCUCUUCCGCCACCUGUCGCCCGACCGCGAGCUCUGGGCGCUGGAGGGCGACCGUGCCAAGUUCUGCCGCUACCUGUCCCUGGACGACACCGACUACUGCUUCCCUCGCCUGCUGGUCAACGAGAACCUCAACUCGAACCUGGGCCGCGUGGUGGCCGACGCCCAGGGCUGCCUGCAGCUGUGCCUGGAGGAGGUGGCCAACGGGCUGCGUAACCCCGUGGCCAUGGUCCACGCCCAGGACGGCACCCACCGCUUCUUCGUGGCCGAGCAGGUGGGGCUGGUGUGGGCCUACCUGCCCGACCGCUCCCGGGUGGAGAGGCCCUUCCUGAACGUCAGCCGGGCCGUGCUCACCUCGCCCUGGCAGGGCGACGAGCGGGGCUUCCUGGGCCUCGCCUUCCACCCCCGCUUCCGGCACAACGGCCGGCUCUACGUCUACUACUCGGUGGGGCUCGACUUCCACGAGUGGAUCCGCAUCAGCGAGUUCAGGGUCUCGGAGGACGACACGAACGCCGUGGACCACAGCUCUGAGAGGAUAAUCCUGGAGAUUGAAGAGCCAGCGGCGAACCACAACGGGGGCCAGCUGCUCUUUGGGGACGAUGGGUACCUCUACAUCUUCACCGGCGAUGGCGGGAUGGCCGGAGACCCCUUCGGGAAGUUUGGAAAUGCCCAAAACAAGUCGGCGCUGCUGGGCAAGGUACUGCGCAUCGACGUGGACCGCACGGAGCGCGACCCGCCCUACCGCGUCCCGCCCGACAACCCGUUCGUGGGCGACCCGGAUGCGCGGCCCGAGGUCUACGCCCUGGGGGUGCGCAACAUGUGGCGCUGCUCCUUCGACCGCGGCGACCCGGCGUCGGGCGCGGGCCGCGGGCGCCUCUUCUGCGGGGACGUGGGCCAGAACAAGUUCGAGGAGGUGGACCUGGUGCAGCGCGGCCGCAACUACGGCUGGCGCGCGCGCGAGGGCUUCGAGUGCUACGACCACAAGCUGUGCGCCAACGCCUCCCUGGAUGAUGUGCUGCCCAUAUUCGCCUACCCGCACAAGCUGGGCAAGUCCGUCACCGGUGGCUAUGUGUACCGGGGCUGCGAGUACCCCAACCUGAACGGCCUCUACAUUUUCGGCGAUUUCAUGAGCGGGCGCCUGAUGUCCCUCCGGGAGAGCCCGGGGACAGGCCAGUGGCAGUACAGCGAGCUCUGCAUGGGCCGUGGCCAGACCUGCGAGUUCCCGGGCCUCAUCAACAACUACUACCCACACAUCAUCUCCUUCGCGGAGGACGAGGCCGGGGAGCUGUACUUCAUGUCCACGGGCGUGCCGAGUGCCACCGCAGCGCGUGGGGUCAUCUACAAGAUCAUCGACCCCUCCAGGCGGGCACCCCCCGGCAAGUGUCAGAUCCAGCCCGCCCAGGUGACGGUGAGGAGCCGCCUCAUCCGCUUUGUGCCCAAAGAAAAGUUCAUCCGGAGGGCCGAGAGCACCCCGCGGCCCACAGCGCGCGCGCCCACGAAGGUGCCCCGGCGCGGCCGCCCCACAGCCCCUCCGCCCAUGCCCACCCCGCGCCCAACGAGGCGCAUCCCGCGCCCGGCAAGGCCCACCCCGCGCCCAACAAGGCCCAUCCCGCGCCCGGCAAGGCCCAUCCCGCGCCCGGCAAGGCCCACUUCGAGCCCAACAAGGCCCACCCCACGCCCCGCAAGGCCCACCCGGCGGCCCGGCGGCCGGAGGGUCGGCGGCCGGCGGCGGGGCCGGCCUGGCGCUGAGAACUCCGCGCCCUUGAAUGGGGCCGUGCGCCUGGUGCGGCCCGCGGGCCUGAGCCCGGGCCGCGGGCGCGUGGAGGUGUUUGCAGGCGGACGUUGGGGCACCGUGUGCGACGACGGCUGGGACAUAAAGGCCACCGCCGUGGUGUGCCGCCAGCUGGGCUUUGCCCACGCCGUGCGGGCCACCAAGGGCGCGGAGUUUGGGGAGGGCCGCGCGCUGCCCAUCCUGCUGGACGACGUGCGCUGCGCGGGCGACGAGAAGACCCUGCUGGAGUGCGGGCACGCGGGCCUGGGCACGCACAACUGCAGCCACGAGGAGGACGCGGGCGUCAUAUGCAGCCAGGAGGACCCCGACCGUGGGCGAGGGUAG